CAAAGUAGAGCUGUCACUGUAUCACUUGCUAGAGAUAAUAGUUUUCUGAAACCCUUAUAAGGAUGGUUCACCCCAAGAUGAAGAUUCUGUCAUCAUUUACUCACCGCCAUGUUGUUACGAACCUGUAUGACUUACUUUCGUCUGUGGAACAUAAAAAGAGUGUAUUUUGAAGAAUGCUGGUAACCUGAAGACCAUUGACUUCCAGACGCAGAAACAUCUGGAAGUCAUACUGGUUUAGAAUGACAUGCAUUUUUGGGUGAACUGUCCCUUUAACACUAACCACUGAAUUUGGUUCAUAACUUCAUCCUGUUUUGUUUGUGCUCUGGCCAUGAAUGAUGCGUCAAAAUCUGUAGCAUAUUGAGUGUAUUCACUCUCUGUAGAAAAUAUCUUUUUUUUUUUUUUUUUAGUAGAUAUCGAAACUUGUUAUUCAUGACACCAGGCUUUUUUACUUUGCAACGGGUGAUUGUAAUUCGAUGCCUACUUUCAGUUAGCGUUCUCUCCACUCUUGCUUCUCUCCCCCCAUACAAAAGACUCAGUCUCAUCCCCUCCUCUCUGCUUCUCACUUUCUCAUUGGCUGGUUUUUGGUCUAGCUAUGUGAGCUUCCUGUUUCUUCACCAUGCUUCUGGUUCUUCUCAGCAGCUCUUUGUAAUCCAUACAGCUUUGACCAGACCCCAACGGCGCACACUGAUGGUAUGGCACCGAUGCAUUCCAUGCGAAGCCACAAAGUGGCAUCUCAGCGACGUGGAGAGUCAUCUCUGGCACCCCAGAGUCUUCAUCCUCAGCAGACUGGAACAGAACAUCUGGAGCGCUUCCUGGAAAAGCCAGAGCUGGUGGUGGUGGAGCAACCGAAGGAGCGCGGCAUGAGAUUUCGCUAUGAGUGCGAGGGACGAUCCGCAGGCAGCAUCCUCGGAGCCUCCAGCACUGACUCCAGCAAGACCCUGCCUGCAAUUGAAAUCCAAGGCCCCAUUGAAAACAUCAAGAAAGUGAUGGUCACCGUGUCUCUUGUGACGAAGGACAUCCCGUACCGCCCACACCCACACUGCCUGGUCGGGAAAGACUGUGCAGAUGGCAUCUGCGUCAUCCACAUCAAUCCCCACAGCGCUCGUCGACACAGCUUUGCAAAUCUUGGCAUCCAGUGUGUGCGGAGGAAAGAGCUUGAUGCCUCACUGCAGAAGAGGAGGAAUAAGAAUAUUGAUCCGUUUAACACGGGCCACUCUAAGAGCAUUGAGGACAUGGACAUGAACGUGGUGAGACUGUGUUUCCAGUGUGAGCUGGAACGAAAGGAUGGAGACCGAAUCCCCCUCGCCCCUGUGGUUUCCAACCCCGUCUAUGACAAGAAGGCGACCACAACGGCCGAGCUGAAAAUCAAUCGCCUUAAUAUUGUCCGAGGCCCCUGCACAGGAAAGACUGAAAUUUACAUGCUCUGUGACAAAGUACAGAAAGAUGACAUUGAGAUCAUCUUCAGCAAGGACGACUGGGAGGCCAAGGCGGAGUUUGCCCAGACCGAUGUCCACCGGCAGAUCGCCAUCGUCUUCAAGUCCCCACCCUUCAGGGAGCAGAAUUUAACCGAGGAGGAGGAGGUCAGUGUGUGUCUUCGACGCAUGUCUGACCGGAUGGACAGCGAGCCAGUCAAGUUCACCUACGUCCCAGACAAUGCAGAUCCUUACGGAGUCAACCGCAAGAGGAAAAUAAAGUCUGAUGUGAAGUUCAGCGAGCCAUGCAGCGUUCCUCAAAAUCAAGACAUUGCAAAUGAACCCAGCAUGCCACAGCAUUUUGACAGGGAAUUCUACGCCACCGUCGACUGCAGCCUUCCCAGUGCUUCCAUGGCAGUCCCCGUUAUGGACGGAGGCAUCACCAUGCCAUCCCAGGUCAUGGAGGAAAUUCGCUAUGAAGACUUUGAACAAUUGGACGGUUGUGUUAGCCUGGACCCAGAAACUUUGGACACCGUCCUCCAAGGCAUUUCCCAAUGCUUUGCCAGCUUCAGACCAGACCAAUCCCAGCAAGGUUCAGACCAGUUUCUUAAUCAGUUGUUUUUCCCUGGUGAUCUCAACUUUGGUUUAGAUGGCACCGAUAUGAAAUUGAACGCCGGUCAACCUGUGAUGAACAUGUCUUCUAUAAACGACGCACACUUCAGUCAGAUGGUGAAUGAGAAUCAGGCCUAUCCAGCAGAUCUGGAGAACAUCGAAGGGCUCAUGUUUUCCCCCGUGAAGAGCGAGAACGACCUGGACCACUGAAUGCCACUGUGGACUCUUAUGUCUUGACUGUUGGGACUUUGGACAUACAGUCACUGUUGACUAUAAAAUCAUUUUUGGACUAGGAAAAGACCCAGUUAUUGACUGCUAAACCUGGUCUGCUGGCACGAUCUGACUUCCCGUUUGGUAGUAUGAACAUACCAAUGAAGUAAAUCAUCUGCUCGACCACUCGUCUUGAAAAUGGACUAGACACCUCGUAGCCAACGAAAGGUGGGAGAAGCAUGUAACCAUUAUGUUUUCUGGUAAAAAGGGAGAAACAGAUGCUGCUUGGGAUGUGCCAGUUAUGACUGUCAUUUGCUAAUUUAUUGUGUGGAUUUCUGAGCAGAACCUGUUAGUAUCCUGUAGAUUGUCCCAGACCCAAAUUCACUUUGUAUUUAAGUGUAACAUGUAACGUGAUAUUUGUUUAGAACAUUUCAGAACAGUCCAUCCACAGAGGAAUUUCAGUUAACAGCAUUAAGGGGACAAAAUUAGACAUUUAAACAUAAUUCUGAAGUAGCAGCUGGAUUAAUUCAUGUAAUUCAUGCCAAUCUGACACCAUGAUCAAGCCAGGUGGGACACGACAACAUAAAACAUAAGUCAUUUCUGUCAUCUAAUUGGCAACAAUAAAAUAUUGCAUUGAGUUCUCUGCCCAUUAGUGGCCGAUUGUUUCUUCUGAUCAAAAAUAGUGCUCCAAAAUUGUGAUAUUCAGUUAACUAGUUAGCACUAUGCUAUGCUAUUAGGGGCUGUUCACACAAAACAUGUUCUUCCAUUUCAGUGCGCCACUUUUCCAUCGAUGUUGGACCGUUGCAAAUGAAUAUAUGAAUAUGAAUAUUAUGAAUAUUGUGCAUGUCAAGAAAAGAUCAGCUUCUGAACUUCUCUAGACCUUGCGUUCUUGCCUGUGUCUAAUGUUUUUAAACACAAAGAAAUCUUCUGUGUGAAUGGCUUCUUAGCUCGCUAACCAAAGUCUAAAUAAAAGCACAAAGAAAGGGAAAUGUUUCAAUUUACCUUUUUUGGCUUUUGUUAAAUGUUUUAUGUAAUUUUUAUACAUAAAUUACCACAUUUUAAUGUGUCAGAGGGGAUUUGGAAUUGAAGCCCAGUCCACAAAGAAAUGUAAUUGGUCUAAGAUUUUUAAAUUGAUCUUAAGUUGUGUAUUAUACAUCAAAUAUGUUCUGAUUGGCUGCAUUGCACAGGAUUUAAUUUUUCAAUGAGAAUAGUCAGAUUACUUUUCACUGGAAACUUGACCUUUUUUGCCUGGUUAUGACAUGAUGUGAGUUUGCAUAGGAAACUGAAAUAAAUGUAGUCAAUGAGUCAGUGGCAACAAUAUUUGAGUGAUUUUGUCUUUAUCACCUCAAUGUUGAAGGAAGCUGGAUUCACAAGAAUAACCAUUGGAAAGCAUUUUGUUCAUUUAUACACAUUUAAUGUCUGUAAUACUGCUGUGAUUUAUAUUGUCCUGUGUAAAAAUCCUUUAUGCUCUCAAAUAAUGUCACAUUCUGCUUCUUAUAGUGUGUUGUUGCUGUCAAUAUUAAAAACAUGUUUUCUGGCAAAUGA